AUGAAGCGCCGCUGCUGCUGGACGCUCACCUGGACGGCCCUCGCCGCGCUGACCGUAGCCUGGCUUUUUGUCGUGGCGCACCAUGUCCAGAAUGCGCCAGUACAGGAGACACCAAUGGUCGAGGGCCCCGCGGCGUGCGCGUGCGGCCUCUGCGUCGCGCCGCGGCUGCGCCUCGCAACGAAAUUGCGGGUCCACAUCUUCACGAACGGCCGCGAGAAGGCGGAGACGAGCUGGCGCUUCCGCCAUUUGUUAGAUCAGGGCCUCGCGGCGCACCCGCGCGUAGAAAUCGUCGGCCGCGAGGCGGACGCCGACGUCGUCCUCUGGCUGCCGCAGUGGACGAACCGCAUACCCAUGAUACAGGAGCCCCGCCGGCGCCUCAUUAUCUUGGACGAGCACGACGACCGGGCGCGCCGCGACGGCGGCUACGGAAGCGACGCGUACCUCGCGUACUACAAGCGCAGCUUCGUGCGCAAGACCGACGGCGCCUUCGAGGGCCUCUUCGAGGCGCCGCUCGGCGCGCGGACCUACGCCCUCCCCUAUUCAAUAUCGGACGCGUACCUCUCGUCGGAUGCUUCCGGCGGGCGGCCGCUGGAUAUUGUUUGUACGCUGCGCGUGGGCCAGGGCGUCUACCCCGCGCGCGCGCGGGUCCUGGCCUGGGCGCGGGCCUACGCCGCGGCGCGGAAUUUGAGCGGGUAUUUUGGGGAAGUGACGACGUCGACACGGACGGCGCUGAGCCCCCACUAUCUGAGGCUCAUGCGCGCCGCGCGGAUUGUGGUGACGUGCAACCCCGGCGACUGGGAGGGCGACUUCCGGACGUGGGAAGCCCUCGCGAGCGGCGCGGCCGUCGUCCGGGACCGGCUCUACGCGCCGACGCCGCACGGCGGCUUUGGACUGGUCUACGACGCGCGGUCGCGGUCCUCCUUCGACGCCGCGAUGGACCGGGCGCACGCGAACGCCGGCGCCCUCGGGCGGCGCGCCCUGGCGGACGCGCUCGCGCACCACCGCGCGGUGUCGCGCGUCGACUGGCUCCUCGCGUCGGCGACGUCCGCCGCGGCCGGCGCGACGGACGACGCGCGGGCCCUGGCGCCGCCGCCGCGGCCCGCGGGCCUCCCGCGACCGCCGCCCGUCUCGCCGGAAGUCCUUGCGGACCUCCGGCAGCCAUUAUUCGUCCGGCCCGACGGCCGCGCGUUCCGCGGGGCGGCGGCGCGGAGGGAGGCGGGGGCGUUUGUUGGUGAGUUGUAA